UGGAUCCCCAUAGGAAUUCCAGGCUGUGCUCUAUGGCUGAAAGAAGUUCAACAACUAUCUUCGGAUGUCACCAGCAACUUUUGAUGGAUUGUUGGAGCUCCUGCGUGAUGAUAUUGUGCGGCAGGAUACCCAUCUUCGCCUUGCGGUUACCCCGGAACAGCGUCUUGUGGUUACGCUCAGAUUUCUGGCUAGUGGAGAGACCUUCCAGUCUCUUCAUUAUCAGUUUCGACUGGGCAAGUCCACCAUCUCUGAUUUAGUUUCCGAGACCUGUCAAGUUAUGUGGAAUAAACUACAGCUAUUGCACCUUCCCAAUCCAACCCAGUCAACAUGGCUGGAAUCUGCCCAAGGCUUUCUACAAAACGCAAAUUUCCCCAAUUUUGUAGGUGCACUUGAUGGGAAGCACGUGCGAAUUCGUAAGCCAUCAGGAAGUGGGUCUUUAUGUUAUAAUUAUAAAAAAUACUUUUCAAUCAUCUUGAUGGCUAUCGCUGAUAUCAACUACAAGUUUUUGGCCGUAGAUAUAGGGGCCUAUGGCCAAAAUAAUGAUUCACGUGUGUUUAGGGAAUCAAAUUUUGGGCAGGCCUUGUACACCGGGUCCUUUCAAUUCCCACCACCGCAACCACUACCAGGUACAGAAGGGCCACCCAUUCCCUUUGUGUUAGUGGCUGAUGAGGCCUUCCUAAUGUGCAAAAAUUUAUUAAAGCCGUUUUCUGGACGAAGGUUAACACCUGAAAGAAGGAUCUUCAAUUACAGGCUAACCAGAGCCCGAAAAUUCAUUGAGUGUUCUUUUGGGAUUCUGACUAGUAAAUGGCGAGUACUUACCACAGCCAUCAUGGUUAAUCCGGAAAAAGUGGACAAAAUAAUAAAGGCCUGUGUGGUGCUUCAUAACUUUGUGAUAUCACUUGAUAGUAGCAGUAUAAACAUUGAGGAAGUGCAGCAGACCCCUCUGCUUGGAUUUCAAUCAAACAACCUGCGGUCUCCAGUGUCCGUCUUGCAAAUUCGGGAUCAUUUUCAGGACUAUUUCUUAUCUUCCUUGGGAUCCCUACCCUGGCAAGAGGAUCAUUAGGUAAAAAAAAAAACCAUAAAAAGUAUGUCACAUAUAUAAAGAUUGGGAAUCAUUUGGCUAACCAUUUCACAUUUUCUUGUUUUUUUCAGAUUGGAGAAACUAAAUGAUGUCUUCAAACCUUUUU